AAGAAGUUAGAUAUUUUAUUAAGCACAAAUUAACAACGGUUGAGCAAACAUAAGAUUUCAAGUCAUGAGAAAGUUAAUCAUUUGAAAUAAACUCUCUGAUUAAAAAAAACACAAACAAAACAUUUCCAUUGAAACAACCAUCAGGGCUGUAACUAUGGUCUUUGUACUAUGAGGCAACUUUUGUUGGAAGAGAUGUCCGGGUUGGUUUUAAACAAGGGCUUUUCAACCUUUACCCCUUUCAGGAUCGUUGAUCGAUUUCAUUACCCUUGAAUACCCUUCUAUUUCGUGGUUUUUCUUUUUCACGUGCAGAAUAUAGUCUAAUUGAAAACAACAAUUUAAGAUAUAAUUGUCCACAAAUUUUAUGCUAGAUUACAAAGCGUCUCAAUACCCCUAAACAUUUCAAAAUUACCCCCUACUUUAAACAGUAACCACCUUGUCCGUAGACAUCAUAUCUUUCCUGUUUUUGUCAAAUUCGCCAUGAGAACUUUGCCUCGUUGGUUAUAUAGGUAGUUACGACCAUGAAAACUCACUGAAAACUUAGAUUUCCAGAAUCUUAAUAUGUGAUAAUUCCAGGACGUAUCCGUGUUCUGUUUUUCAUCAACAACAAAAUGCUGGUACCGUUUCACAAGAAAUCUUACGAUAAAUUUUGUCGUAAGUUUUGCAUUAUUUAUUGUAAAAUUCAACACUUUCGACAAAUUCUUAUCGUAAGAUGUUUUGCGUAACAGGGCCCUGGGCCCGACGUGUUGUACUUCCAUUAGGACAGACAGAUAUUUUUUUAUUUGUCGAGAGACAUUGUGGGCGUGGUACCUCAGAUUCCGGGCCAGGUCGUUAGUGCAUUUCUAUCACAGAUAUAUCUACAGUCAAAUAGUACAAAUCAAUAACAAAAAAUACCAUACAAUUUUCCUGUGGAAUGUUUCAUUUAAAAAGUCUACAAAAUAAUUUUACUUAAAUCUAAAAAAGUUAAAUAUUUCCAAAUUACAAAAUUCAGGACGGAUUUAAGAACGGGUUUAGAAGGCCUCGGGUAGACAUGAUACAGGUCUCUGAAUAUAUUUCUAAAUGACAAUACGUUUUGGACGUUUCAUUAGCCAAUUAGGUCCAGAAAAGUGGGACGUAAAAAACAACAUACUUUCACUUCAAAAUAUUGUUACAAGACCACCUGUCUCCAAAAUUCAAAUUCAAAACAUGGUUUCAUAUUUUUCCUCGCUUUACCUAUAAAACUACAUUUUUGUGAACAACCCAACUUCACAUAAUAAAUAUUACUUAUUUCAGUAUAUAUAUAGUCAUAUUGUAGAAACACAAGGUUACUAAUUGGCUUGAAAAUUCUGAAUGUAUACAAGUAUGGAUGGACUAUCAUUUGUAAAAGAAUGUUUUAAAAUAUUUAUUAAAAUAAAUCAACAUUUGGAUAUAACCCAAAUAUUAUUCUCGAUAAAGGCCGUUUCUUAAAUAUUGAUAAUCUUUACAAAUUUCACAAAAAGCUUUGAACGAUUAUGAUUGUUUUGGAUGGAGUUUCGCAUGUAAAAACAAUGUCUUAAAACCGAUAAAAUAGUUAAAAAUUCACAUUAAUUUGGCAAUAAAAGAUUAUAUACAUAAAGUCAUUUUGUAAAUGUUAACAAUUUUGAACUAUUUCUCUGAAAACCUUCAAAGAUUGUGAACAUGCGUAACGAAAACAUAUUAAUAUAAUAUAGGUGCGACAUAUUUUGAAUGGACUGUUGUGUAUUAAACACUCAUAAG